AUGAAAUUAGAUACUUCAUCUUUAUUGACUGUGUUUUUUAGUUUAAGUGAAACUGAUAUAUUUCAAUUUAUACAAAUUAAUAAAAAAUGUUUUAAUGUUUCUCAAUGUUGUUUAGUUAAUCCAUGUAGAUUAAAUAAAAAAAUUUUUCAUUUGUUGAAUAACCUUCAAACUCUUAGUGUUAAAACUGAUGACUUAAAAGAAAUUGAUUCAUUAUCCCAAAAAGAAAAAGAAAGAUUUAAAUCUUAUCCAUUCGUUUGGAGGAUAUCAAUUAAUUCUAAUAAUUUAGAUAAUAAAAGAAAUAUUUGGGAUAUAAUUAAUUUAAAAAAAAUUAGAAAAUUGGUUAUUGCUUGUGAGAAAGUCCCAGAUAUAAUUACUGAAUGUCUUACCCAAAUGGAUGAAUUAACUGAAUUAAAGUUACUUGUUGAAUUUGUCCCAAUGCUUCUUUCACAAAUCCAACAACUUGCAUUAAAAAAAUUAGUCAUUUAUGUUUAUCAAAAAAAUGAAGAAAUUAAUUAUAACCUCUUGCUUAAUCAUCCUACUUGCAAAAAUAUAAUAGUGUAUUCUAUAUUUGAUAAAGAUGUUAUUGAAAUUAAAACAAAAUUUCCAUCAUUAACAGUUGUUUUCCAAUCAAACUACCUUCCUACUUCAAUUAAAUUAGCAAACUUAAUAGUCCAAAGAAAAAUUUAUCUUUCAAUUGGACAUAUUCGUCUUGACUCAAGUGAACUUGAAGUAAAUGACUUUCAAGAACUCCAAAGACUUUAUUUACCAGCAUUUAAUAUUUCGGAUUGCCAACCAUUAACUGUCCUUCCUCAAACCUAUUGUUUAGAAAUUGAUACCUAUUUUCCAGAGAUGGUGUGUCAAAUGACUUGUUUAAAAAAAUUCGUAUUCUUUGAGAAAUUGGGAUAUUUUCCUAAUCAUUAUGACUUUUCUCAUUUAACCCAAUUAACAUCAUUAGUUCUGUAUGGUAACUACCAAAGAAAACGUAAAAUUUUUAUUCCAACAAGUUUAGAAUGUUUAGAAUCAAGUUGUUUUGUUGAUAAUACAAACAACAUUAUUUUAAAUAAGAAAAAAGGACUACAACACCUAAAUUUAAAACAACUCAGUUUGAGGGAAUGUGAAGUUAUAAAACUUGGAGGAGUAGUUGAUGAUUUAGUAUUAAUUAAUUGUUGGACAGAAAAUAUUUUAAAUUGUGUUGGUAUUAAAAAGGUUUAUAUUAAGGAAUGUCCAGUCAAAACUGUUAUUGUGUCUUCUCAAUGUCAACACAUGAGCAUUGAGUGUGAUUCUCUUCAGUGUAUUAAAACAUUACAGAACUAA